GGAGAGCGUGGGGUCCGACGAGGAGGAGGAGGAAGACGGCGAGGCGGAGGAGAAGCCCGACUCCGAGGAAGAGGAGGCGGUCAUGGACGACGACGACGAUUCCGAUUACCCCGAAGAGAUGGAGGACGAGGAUGAUGCCAGCUAUUGCACGGAGAGCAGCUUCAGGAGCCACAGCACCUACAGCAGUACCCCAGGUAGAAGGCGACAGAGAGUACAUCGACCACGUUCUCCAAUCCUGGAAGAAAAAGACAUCCCUUCUCUUGACUUGCCCAAAUCCUCAGAGGACUUAAUGGUGCCUAAUGAGCAUAUCAUGAAUGUUAUUGCCAUCUAUGAGGUACUGCGGAACUUUGGCACUGUUUUGCGCUUGUCCCCUUUUCGUUUUGAAGACUUCUGUGCUGCUCUAGUAAGCCAAGAACAGUGUACACUGAUGGCUGAGAUGCACAUAGUGCUUUUAAAAGCAGUUUUACGUGAAGAGGACACUUCCAAUACUACCUUUGGACCUGCUGACCUCAAAGAUAGCGUUAAUUCCACAUUAUAUUUUAUAGACGGGAUGACUUGGCCAGAGGUUUUGCGGGUAUACUGUGAGAGUGACAAGGAGUAUCAUCAUGUUCUUCCUUUUCAAGAGGCAGAGGACUACCCUUAUGGACCAGUUAAAAAUAAAAUUCAAGUUCUGCAAUUUUUAGUGGAUCAGUUUCUGACAACAAACAUUGCACGGGAGGAAUUAAUGUCAGAAGGGGUGAUACAGUAUGACGACCAUUGUAGAGUUUGUCACAAACUGGGAGACUUGCUUUGCUGUGAAACUUGCUCAGCUGUCUACCACUUAGAGUGUGUGAAACCGCCUCUUGAAGAGGUCCCAGAGGAUGAAUGGCAGUGUGAAGUUUGUGUAGCGCACAAGGUGCCUGGUGUAACAGACUGUAUUGCUGAAAUCCAAAAAAACAAACCAUACAUUCGACAUGAACCUAUUGGAUAUGAUAGAAACAGGAGGAAAUACUGGUUCCUGAACAGGAGGAUUGUUGUAGAAGAAGAUUCAGAAUGUGAAAAGCAUAAGAGAAUCUGGUACUAUAGCACAAAAGCCCAGCUGGCAGAAUUAUCUGAAUGCCUAGACAAAGAUUAUUGGGAAGCUGAUAUCUGCAAAACUCUGGAAGAAAUGCAUGAAGAAAUUCAUCGGCACAUGGACAUAACGGAAGACCUUACUAAUAAAGCACGUGGCAGCAACAAGUCUUUUCUCUCAGCAGCAAAUGAAAUUAUGGAAGCUGUCAGAGGCAGAAAAGGGGAACUAUUAGAAGACAGAAGCUCAGUUGCUGAUGAAGAAAAAGGUACGGUUGAAAAUAAAGAAUGCACAGAUACUGAGAAUGGAAAAGAAGACCUUUCAAACCAACAGAUGGAGGUCAACAAAGAAAUAGUAGCAGAGGAAAAUUCUGAAAAAGGAGGAAAGGAAGAAUCAUCAGAUGCGUGUGAGGAAAACAAUUCUGGACUAUCGCUUCCUGGAAGCAGCAUCCCAAAUGUUCCUGCAGAAGAGGCUGAUCCUUCUGAAGGGAAGAACACAGUAGGAUGCGAUUCAGAAAUUUCUGAUGAUAAUAAGGCAGACAAAAACAGAGUAUCAGAAGUUCUUAAGGAUAUUUCAGAUGAAACAACUAAGGCAGUUCCUAAUCUGAACAUUGAUUUAUCUGCUGAAGCACUUUUGUCAGACCCAGAAAACAGCAGUAGCAAUGAACCAAAUUCUAUGCAGAGUGAAUCUGCGAAGAAUUCUGAUGAAGUGGAAAUCACUGAAGGAGGUUCUCAGAACUCAGAUGAUUUAGGUGAUAAAUCUAAUGGUGAGAGAAGUGACUCUCCAAACAGUGGAAUAGGCACUCCAGGUUCAACUCGAAUGGUCACUAGGUUACGAAAUCCAGAUAGCAAACUCAGUCAGCUGAAAAGUCAGCAGUUUGCUGCUGCAGCACAUGAAGCAAAUAAGCUUUUUAAAGAAGGCAAAGAGGUGCUUGUGGUUAAUUCUCAAGGGGAAAUUUCCCGAAUGAAUACCAAGAAGGAAAUAGUAAUGAAAGCAGGCAUCAGCAAUUAUUUUAAGCUGGGUCAAGAAGGGAAGUAUCGUGUCUACCAUAAUCAAUAUGCUACCAAUUCUUUUGCUCUGAAUAAACAUCAACACCGAGAAGACCAUGACAAAAGACGUCACCUUUCUCACAAGUUUUGUCUAAGUCCUGCUGGAGAGUUCAAAUGGAAUGGUUCUGUCCAUGGGUCAAAAGUUCUCACAAUAUCUACAUUAAGAUUAACAAUAAUUCAGCUAGAGAAUAACAUCCCCUCCUCAUUCCUCCAUCCCAACUGGGCUUCGCACAGAUCUAAUUGGAUCAAAGCUGUCCAGAUGUGCAGCAAACCUAGAGAAUUUGCAUUGGCUCUGGCUAUAUUGGAAUGCGCAAUUAAACCAGUUGUUAUGCUGCCCAUUUGGAGGGAGUCCUUGGGUCACACCAGGUUACGCAGAAUGACAGCGAUUGAAAGGGAAGAAAAAGAGAAGGCAAAAAAAAAGGAGAGAAAACAAGAGGAAGAAGAAACCAUGCAACAAGCAACUUGGGUGAAAUAUACCUUUCCUAUCAAACACCAGGUCUGGAAACAAAAAGGAGAAGAAUAUAGAGUAACAGGAUAUGGUGGAUGGAUAUGGAUUAGUAAAACACAUGUUCAUAGAUUUGUACCCAGAUUACCUGGAAAUACUAAUGUCAGUUACAGAAAGUUACUACUUGCAAAGAACAAUGCUGCUAUCACAGAACAACAGCACGAAUUGGAUAAAAGGAAAAAUCCAGCAAAAGUAAAAGUAGAGCACUGUUCUUUGAAAGAUAGAAUAAAGAGGUUCCAUGAACCACAUAAAAAGGACCAAAAAGAAACUGAACAUUCUGAGACCAUGAAGAAAAGUCAGAUCAAGGAAGAAAAUGAACUAAAUGAAGAAAAAGCUGAAAUUGAUGGACAUUUUGAAAAAUCAGAUCAAGUGAAGGAAGAUGAAAAAGUAAUCUGUGAAAAUGAUAAAGACAUCAAGGAGGAACCUAUGGAAGUAGAUGAAGUGAAAAUGGAUACUUCCCCCAAAUGUGAAGAAACUCCAAUCAGUGCAGAUUUAAUAAAUGUUAGCGAAGGUUUUCACUUAAGGACAUAUUACAAAAGGAAAGUGAAAACAUCAAAAUUAGAUGGACUACUUGAAAGAAGAGUAAAACAGUUUACACUAGAGGAAAAGCAGCGAUUGGAAAGAAUGAAGCUUAAAGCUGCUUCCAAUUCCUCAGAUUGUAAAUCUCUGAGUCCACAAAGGAAUACAGAUGACCUACCAUUAGCUAAGGCAGAAACAGAUGAAAAGAGAGCCCAUAUUUCAGGUACAAAACAAUCUGAAGAUCCUGUUAAAGACUGUUUGUCGUCUAACAACCUCCACUUCAAUAAAACCAGUGAAUCAGUUCAAUCCGUGUCUUGCUUGAAUAGACUUUUAGAUGAAGAAUCAGACGUCAUUUCAGGUCAGUGCUCAGAUUCUCAAUGUUUGUUAGCAGCAAAUGCUCAUGGAAGUGCUUCUGAACCAGUGGAUACGGAAAAAAAUAAAGUGCUGAGUAAGGAGGAGGGUAAUUCAACCAUGGAACAUUCUCAAGCAAUAGACAAUAAAGAAUCAACUAAAUGCAGUGUGCUAGGGGACAAUGAAAAAAGUUCAGAGGAAAUCACAGGGCCUAAUUGUGAACAUCAUACACAGUCAGAGGGAAUUGAACAGAAUUGUGAAAAAGAGACUGCAUCUUGCAUUAAGAAAGGAAAUGAAACCUUAAAAACUGAAAAACAGGACUGUGAUUUUGUAGAAGCUUGUAAUUUAGAGGAUCAUCAUGCAGCAAAUAACACAAAUGUGAGUCUACCGAAAAGCAAGGAAGAUGCAUCUGAACCAAAGAUUUCAUUAAAUCCCAAGCAAGUCCUGGAAGGCCUAAAAUCAUUACGUACUGAGCUUAUUUCAGAGAAGGCCUUUGAAGCCCAGAUUCCUGACACGAUAGGAGAAAACAUCUUGGAUGAAAUUACACACUCUAAAAUUCCCGAAACAAAUGGUGAAAAGCUAGAGCAGGCAAAGUGUGAUCCUCCAACUUCCAUAAGCAAGUGCAUUGAUCAGAUUAAAAGCAUUGCUGAUAAAAACAAUAAUAAAAAUGGAGAACACGAUGUCCAGAUGGACGGAGGAAAGUCGGCAACAUAUCAGAUGAAUGGAAAAGAUGCUGAUUUCAAAGUACUGCCCAAUGAAGAAUGCUUAAAAAGAGAAGCUGAGAGUAACCUUGACUCUAAAGUCAAUAAUAUUAAUAAAAACAAUCUGCUAGGUAAAUCAUUUCCUUCCAAUGAAUCUGUAAAACCAUUUAUGAAUGGAGAUAUCUCUGUGGAAGAUGUGGAUGAGAGAAGACAUUCAGAGAAUGAGUUUUCCGUUCGGAGUUCUGUGGAUCCUGACUGUGAUCCUAGAGGCGGUGUUUUACCUCAGGAGGAUACAUCUCCGUCUGCUCAAGACAGUGAAAGGAAGCAACGUUCUUCUGAAAGAUCUAGUCCUAUUGAUGAGGCAUCCCUCACAGCUGUCCAUUCCUGUAAUGAGAACAGCAUAAGUAGUGAAACAGAAGGCAUGGAGAUUGAGUCAUCAUGUAUUAAGAAGGCUGCCCUCUCGCCUGUAAUUUCAUGCGAAGAAUCUAGUUUGAGUAACGACUUUGCUGAUCAGAAUGGACUGCAGACACACAGAGUUAAAAACAUCAAUGGAGAGAGUGCAGUGAAAGCGGUUGUGACAGAAGUGACCACCACGUCUACCAUUUCUACAGAAUCAAAAACCGUUUAUAAAGUGUCAGAGCUGUCAGCGGCCAAGGAGGAUAAAGAACGUGUGGUGUCAGCAGCUGAAAAUUGUUCCAUAUCCACUGUAACCACCACCACAACUACCACUGUAACAAAGCUUACCGCUCCCACAACCGAUGUUAUUUCUGUAAAAGAGCAUAGUAAAACCGUGGUUACGACGACAGUGACUGAUUCCUUGACAACCCCAAGUGGAACAUUGGUGACUUCUAUGACAGUCAGCAAGGAAUAUUCCACAAGGGACAAAGUGAAACUAAUGAAGUUUUCAAGACCUAAAAAAACUCGUUCUGGAACCGCAUUGCCAUCUUAUAGAAAGUUUGUUACUAAAAGCAGCAAAAAGAGCAUAUUUGUUUUACCUAGUGAUGACUUGAAGAAGCUGGCAAGAAAAGGAGGGAUUAGAGAAGUUCCUUGUUUCAACUAUACCGCUAAGCCUGCUUUGGACAUCUGGCCUUAUCCAUCCCCAAGACCAACGUUUGGUAUCACUUGGAGGUACCGACUUCAGACUGUAAAAUCUUUGGCAGGAGUAAGCCUCAUGUUGAGGUUACUCUGGGCAUGCCUAAAGUGGGAUGACAUGGCUGCCAAACCUCCACCAGGAGGAGGAACUACGCGGACAGAAACAUCAGAAAUGGAAAUUACAACAACUGAAAUAAUCAAACGGAGAGAUGUUGGACCAUACGGGAUUCGAUCAGAGUACUGCAUACGGAAAAUUAUUUGUCCUAUUGGUGUUCCAGAGGCCCCCAAAGAAACGCCAACCCCUCAGAGGAAGGGGCUUAGAUCGAGUGCUUUGAGGCCCAAAAGGCCAGAAACACCAAAGCAAACAGGACCAGUCAUCAUUGAAACCUGGGUGGCAGAGGAGGAGUUGGAAUUAUGGGAGAUAAAAGCAUUUUCUGAAAGGGUGGAGAAGGAAAAGGCCCAGGCAGUUGAACAACAGGCUAAGGCGUAGUUCAGGUGCAGCAAAAAGUGUUGGGCAUCAUUCCAUCAACUACUGGAGCAAACCAACAAACAUUUACUUCAUUCCAGCCAAGGACAGCAACUGUAACUAUUAGGCCAAAUAAUACAGGAACUGUUUGUACAACAAGUGCUUCACAAAUAAUGCCUGGGACACCUCUUCGGCCUGGAAUGACGGUCAUAAGAACACCUCUUCAGCAGUCAGCUCUAGGAAAGACCAUCAUCCGAACACCUGUAGUAGUACAGCAAGGUGUUAUUCCAACCAGCCAAACACAACAAGUGGUCACCCAGAUCAUCAGAGGUCAGCCUGUGUCAACAGCCGUGUCUAGUCCUGCUACAGUUUCUGCCAGCCAAAAGGUGUCAACAACUGCAGGAAUACCUUCACAGCACCUGCAGCCACAAGCCACUCCACCACAUCCUCCUCGGCCUCAACAGGGACAGGUGAAGCUUACCAUGGCGCAACUCACACAACUCACACAAGGACAGGGUGGCAGUCAGGGAUUAACCGUAGUAAUUCAGGGUCAGGGUCAGACAACUGGGCAGUUGCAGUUGAUCCCACAAGGUGUGACGGUAAUCCCAGGUCCAGGUCAGCAACUGAUGCAAGCCGCUAUGCCAAAUGGUACCAUUCAGCGCUUUCUGUUCACCCCAUUAUCUACUGUAGCUACAGCAGCCAGCACCACUUCUACGACAGUUUCCACCUCAAUAUCAGCUGCAGGAGAACAGAAGCAAACAUCUCUUGCACAGACCCAAACACAGCCUAUGCCAGCGCUUCCACCUGCAGAGCCCAAGCCUGCCCCUCCUCCACUCUCAGCUCAGCCUCCAAGCAGUUCAGCUCAGACUGUGAUGCCUGCACAGACCCAGACCGGGCAGGCGCCAGGUCCAGUUGAAACCCACCCCUCCUCUGAAGCUCAGGUUCCACCUUCACUUCCAAGUCCAGCAGUCACCUCUGAAGCACAGCCACCCAGAACACAAUCCACAAUAACUCCAGCCGUGACUCAGCCCCCAUCCCCGAGCCUUGCCCAAGGGCCACCUUUAGCUCCAGUACAGAACCAAGCCCAGCCAGUUAUGCAUCUGCAGACCCCACCCAAAGGACAGCCGAUCCAGCCAACUCAGGUACAGACGGUGGCCCCACAGCAGGUUCAGAUCCAACCACAUCCAUCUGUGCAGAUCCAGACCCAGCCAUCCCAGGUCCCAACUCUGUCCCCUGCUUCAACUGUCAACCAAGUCAUGGGACCGCCUCCACGCCCUCAGCUGCAGAUUCAGCCCCCCCAGACCAAGGUCAUUACUGUGCCACAGCUUCAGCAGCAAGUCCAAGUAUUUUCCCAGCUCCCGUCCCAUAUGGUGGCCCAGAUUCAAGCUCAGCAGAGUGGCCUGCCUCAGCAGAUUAAGCUCCAGUUACCAAUUCAGAUUCAGCAGGCCAGCGCGGUGCAAACCCACCAGAUCCAGAACGUAGUAACUGUUCAAGCCAGUGUCCAAGAGCAACUGCAGAGGGUACAGCAGCUCAGAGAGCAACAGCAGAAGAAAAAACAGCAGCAUAUUGAAAUAAAACGGGAACACUCCCUUCAGGCUUCUAAUCAGAGUGAUAUUAUCCAAAAACAGGUGGUAAUGAAACACAAUGCUGUCAUAGAGCACUUAAAACAGAAAAAGACAUUAACUCCUGCUGAGCGUGAAGAGAAUCAACGAAUGAUCGUAUGCAACCAAGUCAUGAAAUAUAUUCUGGAUAAAAUAGAUAAAGAAGAAAAGCAGGCAGCUAAGAAACGAAAACGGGAAGAGAGUGUGGAACAAAAGCGCAGUAAACAGAAUGCUUCAAAACUCUCUGCUCUGCUCUUCAAACAUAAGGAACAGCUGAAAGCUGAAAUACUGAAGAAAAGAGCACUUUUGGACAAAGAUCUGCAAAUUGAAGUGCAGGAAGAACUAAAGAAAGAUCUAUGUAAAAUUAAAAGAGAAAAAGAAAAGGCCCAGGCUGCUGCAGCUGCGGCAGCCGCUGCUGCACUGUCUCCCCCUCCACCCCCGCCGCCACCACCCCCGCCGCAGCCACCACCUCCACCACCUCCCAGUUCCAGUGUUCCCUCCACUACUUCAGGCACAUCCUAUAUUUCAUCCCAUAAAAGAAAGCGAGAGGAUGAGAAGGAGUCUGCCUCUUCAAAAUCCAAGAAAAAGAAAAUGAUUUCUACUACCUCAAAGGAAACCAAGAAGGAUACAAAGCUUUACUGCAUCUGCAAGACGCCUUACGACGAGUCCAAGUUCUAUAUUGGCUGUGAUCUUUGUACUAACUGGUAUCAUGGAGAAUGUGUUGGCAUCACAGAAAAGGAGGCUAAGAAAAUGGAUGUGUACAUCUGUAAUGAGUGUAAACGGGCACAAGAGGGCAGCAGUGAGGAAUUAUACUGUAUCUGCAGAACACCUUAUGAUGAGUCACAAUUUUACAUUGGCUGUGACCGAUGUCAGAAUUGGUAUCAUGGGCGCUGCGUUGGUAUUUUACAAAGUGAGGCAGAUCUCAUUGAUGAGUAUGUCUGUCCACAGUGUCAGUCGACUGAAGAUGCCAUGACAGUUCUCAGUCCUUUGACUGACAAAGAUUAUGAAGGGCUAAAGAGAGUGCUACGUUCAUUACAGGCUCACAAGAUGGCUUGGCCAUUCUUAGAACCAGUAGAUCCUAAUGAUGCUCCAGAUUAUUAUGGUGUUAUCAAAGAACCUAUGGAUCUUUCCACCAUGGAGGAAAGAAUACUGAAGCGCUACUACAAAAAGGUGACGGAAUUUGUGGCCGACAUGACCAAAAUAUUUGAUAAUUGUCGUUACUACAAUCCAAGUGAUUCUCCUUUUUAUCAGUGUGCAGAGGUUCUUGAAUCCUUCUUUGUACAGAAACUAAAAGGAUUCAAAGCAAGCAGGUCUCACAACAACAAACUACAGUCGACAGCUUCUUAAAGUUUUACGUGUUAUUGUACCACAAACCGCAAGAAUCUGGUUGCCUGGAUUUUUUUUUUAAUUGGGGAGCCAGAGCUUUUUAGUCAGGGUGUCCUGGCAAGUCUUGAUGUAAACUGUGUUUUUAUCAGUCACAUCAGAUUUAUAUUCUUGGCUAAUUUUGUCCAAAGGACGAAAGAAAGAAAAUCAGCAGCAUCGUUUUCUUGUCAAGAUUGAAUUGUGUUGUUGUGGCAGAAACAGGGAAACAUUUUGCUGAAGGACAGGAAAGAAAACAAGCAAGAGAAAACAAGAUAACCGUAAAAUGGGGUCAAGUUCUAACUCCAUGGAAAUGCCACAUCUGUUCUUCAGUGAAGAAGCUGGUUUAUAAAUUCCACACAGAGAACUUUAGACUGUAUUUAUUUAUUGUUGCAAAAGGACGCUUUUUUAUUGCUGCCCUCAUUUGUCAGCUGAUGAUUUCCCCCCUCUCCCCCCCCCUUAUAAAUCCAGUCCUGGUUGUAUGUUACCCAUUCUGUAUCUUACCAUGAUUCCUGUAGGUAAAAGUACAAGAUGACCUCUAGAUGUCUUUUCUUUCUAUGAAAGGAGCUGCUAUGUACACAUGUGCACAAACCAACUGGGAAUCAACAUUGAGUUUAUCGUUCGCGGUAGAGGAAACCAAUUAAGCUUGCAUAAGUUGGGCGAAGUGGUCAUGGACUACAGACUUUGUUGCCUUGAAUAUAAACAGUAGAAUAUCAUUUACUCUACAACGGACUGAUCUGAGUAAAAUCUAUUUGAAGGUAUCUUGUUUGUAAACAUUUGUCAGAUUCUAACUUUUUUUUUCUUUUUGUAUUAAAAAAAAUUCAAAACAUGGAUGUAUAUGAAAUAAAUAAAUGGAGAUCAUUGUUCUCUCCACAUAUGUAGGUGUCGUUUGAAUGUUCACUAACAUGUUUGUGAGGUUUGUUCUUAUGUGUAAGAUCCUCAGAGUACAGAAGGGAAACAUGGAAAAGGGAAGGAGGAACAAGCGGCCCCAAAAGUGAUUCUAUUUGUUUUCAAUUGACUAUAAUAAAAUUCUUCUUCAGCAGCAGUUGGUUUCUGACUAUUACACCUAUUUUAACUAGAUUUUGCACUAAUUCAGAAUUUUUGCCCUUCAAUGAUCUGGAAUUUAUCUGAUUACGGAUAAGCUUCCCUUGGGUUUAACCUCACCCUGCUAUGCAAAAAUCUUUUCUGUUAAUUUUAUUAGACAUUGCUGUCGUUCACACUUUUCUUAUAAGUACAGGCUCAGGUGUACAGAUAAUAUAAGGUUAAUUUUCUCUAAGAAAGCUUCUGCUUUUGUACAUAGAUGCUAUCAUUUAAUCCAUAUGAAUUCGAAAGGAAGUUAAUGUUCAUUGUGAGACCAUCCAUUUAUGUUUCUUAGACAGUAGGAAGAAGAGUAUUUGUGUGUUAGGGUAUAUUGUCUUAGGACUUUUUUUCAAAGAGAUGCUACAUACUGUAUGCAUUAUGUUUAUAAAAGAAGGACUUUUCCAAAAUUAAUCCUACCAAUACUGUCUCUUCAUCAUAUUUCUUUAUUAUUCAUACUUAUGGCUGACCUUGAAAAACCAUGAACUUUCCUACUUAUAGGCAAUAGAUCAUUGUUUUUAACAGAUUGUGACAAACAGAAAAGUAACUCUUUUUGUACAUAAUAGGACAUUUCAUCUUAGACAAAAAUAAAAUAAUGUUGGACCUCAGAUUUGGUGGAGUUCCUAAUGAAACAUCAUUUGUUUAGAAUAAAAUAUGUAGCGCUUGGCAUUGCCAUACUGUGCAGAAAUUCUUUGAAGUUUUUCAUAUUAAUUAUGAAUGAGGAAAAUGCUACUUUCAUACACUUUUUACCAAGCCUCAUCAUUUUUCCUACUGCUUUGUAAUAUAUGAAGACAAUUCUUAGCUGUACCAACUAUGGUAAUUUUUAGUUUUUUGAAAAACUUUAUUUAUGAGCCAGUGUAAUGUGUGUACAUUUUAAAUACCACUUCUGUAAAAGGAAUAAAGAAAUUAUACUUUACUCAGUUUUUAAAUGAAA